GUGAAAGUGGGUGGGUCUUUGUUUUACCUCUUUCAGCAGCUAUUGGCCUGAUGAGAUAGCAGCGCUUCCCAUUUAAAUUGCGAAUAUACUUUUUGAAAGAGCUCUAAACUCUACUGUCAGGUCUAUGAAACCAACAUGAUUGUUACAGAAAAAAGGGAGAAAAUAUUUCAGUAUAUGAAGAAAGUUUUGUGUAAUUAUGAAGAAUUAAGAGGAAAGCAAGUUAAUACUUCUACAAAAAAGCAAUUUUGGGAUGCUGUGAUUAUCUCAGCAUGUGAUUCUGACCAAAAAUUUGGAUAUGAAAUGCAAAUACUCUUGAAACAACAAAAGGGUGAAUUACCUCUUAAUGUUUCAUUCCAUGUUUUUGCAGAUCCUCCUGAUUUCAAAAUAGGAUGUGGAGGCUCCACUAUGUUUGUCUUGGCUAAAGUUUUUGAAAUGUAUGGAAAUGCAAUGCUUGAUAUGCGUUUAUUAAUUAUACCAGCUGGAGGGUAUAGUCAGAGACUUCCAAAUCUAUCAGCUCUUGGGAAGCUGUUUUGCCCUUUACCUUUUGGCCAGAAAAAUUAUCAGAUGUUAGACUUAGUUCUUGCAAUUUAUUUACCAUUCUUAAAACGGAUGAAACCUGGUGUAUUUCUUGCAAGUUCUGAUGCUGUAAUAAGUUAUUAUAUUGCUGAUGAUGAUGUCUGGAAUUUUGAAAAUGAAGGAUUUACAGCAUUAGCUCAUCCUUCUCCUGUCCCUGUUGGUACUUCACAUGGAGUUUAUGUCUUACCCUCAAUGGAUAGUUUUGAAUGUGGUUCAACUUUUAUGAGUGAAUGCUUACGUGUGCUUCAAAAACCUACAGUGCAAGAGAUGCAUGAAAAAAAUGCUAUCAUUAAGAAAUCUUUGGGUUCAGAAAAAGAGGAGGAAAUUAUCUAUAGUGACAGUGCUUUUUAUUUUGAUCAUAACAUUUCUAUGACAUUAAUAAAGUUUUAUAAUACUUCUCAACCAUUAAAAUGUGAACUUAGUUCUUAUGGUGAUUUCCUUCAACCAUUGGGAUUACAUGCAAGCCCAACCUACAUAAUGGAAAAGUUAACCAGUGAAGAGCUAGCGGAAACCCGAUCAGCUUUAUACAGGAACUUGUUUGGUACCAAGCUUUCAAUUUUCGUGCUUGAAAUGUCAGAUUUUCACCAUUUAGGUUCAAUGAAUGAAUAUGUUGAAAGUUUUUGUUUCAAAAAUAAAUUUUGUGAUGCAUUUCCUAUGCUGAAGUUUUCCUGCAGCUCUUUAUCUGUUCCUGGCAUUAGCCCAUUUUACAUCCAUGGAACAAUUUUGCAUUCAAGAGUGCACCCCUUGUCAGUUGUCCCAGAAUCUUCAGUUUUAGAAUAUUGUGACCUUAAUGUUGCUGUGGAUGUUGGUGAAAACUGUAUUAUCAGCAACGUGAGACUUAAUGGAUAUCCUGUUCAAAAAUUGCCAUUUCAAGUUCCUAAUAAUACUUUGCUUCAUACUGCUGCAUUUAAGGAUGGAUUUGUAACUGUUAGUUUUGGAAUUAAUGAUGAUAUAAAAGAAACGUUUUCGUUCGAAAAAUCCCUUGAAAUAAAGCUGCUUGGAAAAAAACUUAGUUCCCUAGUGAAAUCUAGUGGUAAACUCUUUGAAUUAGGUUGCAAUGACUGUUCUCUAUGGAAUGCUCAACUUUUCCCAUUAUGUAAUUCUCCAGAAGAAUCACUUAAAAAAACUCUAGAGCUUAUUUUAUGCAUUCAGCAGGGUGAGGACUUUUUAUUUCUUUACAGCUCUGUUUUUGAACACACAACAUGGUUGUCCAUGAACGAUGUUUUGUGCCUCAAAGAUGCUGAGAAAAUGAUAGCUUAUCAAAAAGCACUUUAUUGCAAAAAUCUGGGAAAAUUUGUGGAAAUUUGAAGGAAAGCAAUUGCAUGAAAAAAAUAUUUUACGAAAAUUCUUUUUAUAAAUAUGAACAUAUUAUGGGAUAAAAUAUCUCCAACAAUUAUAACUUUGUGUUUUUUGAUUUGAAAAGAAAAAUGGAAGAGGAUGCAGCAAGUACAGGUUUGAGAUUUAAACCAAGGGCUCAGAGCCCAAGUUUUAACCUGUAUUUCAAAUUCUAAUUAAUAUAUAAAUGCAUGUAAAAAAUUUGAUGGUUGCACCAAGAAGGGUUGGGUCAGUGUUGCUCUUUUAAAGCAAAAAGUAGAAAACAUUCAUAUGAUUUAUUUGUAGUGACAACAGCAUUACGUAUUGCAACUUCUUCUUACUAUAUACUACAACUUCAACUAGCUCUGCUGGAACCGUUCCGUUUGUAUGUUUGCUGUUCAAGCUCCACCAGUCAUUGCACACUUUUUGUAUUGUUAUGGUUGUGUUUCUGAAUUAAAGGUUUAUUUUAAUUAAGGAAUUGCUUCUUAAUAUGAUAAAAUG